GACGUGUGUAGCGUUUUCUAUCUCUCUGUCUCCCUCUGUAUAUUCUCUCUCCAUGUAUCUCCAUAAUACACAAAAAUAUUCGCCAUUUCAGUGCCAAGCGAAGAGAGAGUCGUAACAGUGGAUUACACGAGAAAGUCGCAAUAAUGGUUUCCGAGAUCGGAGAGUAGCUAGGGUUUUGGAUGUGAUUGGAAUUGGAUUCAUCAUUGCCUCUGAAAAAGAAGGAAAAAGACAAUAUUAUAUAUAUAUAUAUAUAGUGGGAAAUUUCGUUUCUCUCUCCGUCUUUUUCCCUUUUUUCCUCUGAUAGGUCCCGGAUUGUGAGAUCUUGGAGUGGCGUUCGCUUUUUCUCUGCGAUUGGUGUUCUAUGGCGUCAAAAACGAGCUCAGGUGAUGGUCGGACCAGGAGCUCCAUUCAGAUUUUUAUUGUAGCUGGUUUGUGCUGUUUCUUCUACAUAUUGGGUGCAUGGCAAAGAAGUGGUUUUGGUAAGGGUGAUAGUAUUGCUCUUGAAAUCACCAAGAGUGGGGCCGAGUGCAACGUAGUUCAAAAUCUGAGUUUUGAUACCCACCAUGGCGGCGAUGCCAGAAGUAUUGAUGAAUCCGACAUGCAAACGAAAGUGUUUAAACCAUGCCAUUCCCGUUACACUGAUUAUACGCCCUGCCAAGACCAAAGGCGUGCAAUGACUUUCCCAAGAAAUGACAUGAUCUAUAGAGAGAGACAUUGCCCUCCAGAGGAAGAAAAGUUACAUUGUCUAAUCCCAGCACCCAAAGGCUACGUAACUCCAUUCCCAUGGCCAAAGAGCCGUGACUAUGUACCCUAUGCCAAUGCUCCUUACAAGAGCUUGACAGUUGAGAAGGCUAUUCAGAAUUGGAUUCAAUACGAGGGAAAUGUUUUUCGAUUUCCUGGUGGGGGCACUCAGUUUCCUCAAGGAGCCGAUAAGUAUAUUGAUCAGCUAGCAGCUGUGAUACCUAUUAAGAAUGGGACGGUUAGGACCGCGUUGGAUACCGGUUGCGGGGUUGCAAGUUGGGGUGCAUACCUUUGGAGUAGAAAUGUUAUUGCAAUGUCUUUUGCUCCAAGAGACUCGCAUGAAGCACAGGUCCAAUUUGCUCUUGAAAGGGGUGUACCUGCUGUCAUUGGCGUUUUAGGGACAAUAAAGCUGCCAUAUCCAUCUAGAGCCUUUGACAUGGCACACUGUUCUCGUUGCUUAAUUCCAUGGGGAGCCAAUGGUGGAAAAUAUCUUAUGGAAGUUGACAGAGUUCUUAGACCUGGAGGUUAUUGGGUGCUUUCUGGUCCUCCCAUCCAUUGGAGGAGUAAUUACAGAUCAUGGCAGCGUCCCAAGGAGGAACUCCAGGAGGAACAGAGAAACAUUGAAGAAACUGCUAAGCUUCUCUGCUGGGAAAAGAAGUACGAGAAGGGUGAAAUUGCUAUUUGGCAAAAGAGCAUGAAUGCUGAUUCAUGCACAAGCAGACAGGAUGAUUCUCGAGCUACCUUUUGCAAAUCUGACGAUGCAGAUAAUGUCUGGUACGAGAAGAUGGAGGGAUGCAUAACUCCAUAUCCAGAGGAAGCUGUUGGGGAACUGCAGCCCUUCCCAAGAAGGCUUUAUGCUGUCCCACCCAGAAUUGCUAGUGGAUCUGUUCCUGGUGUUUCUGUUGAGACAUACGAGGAGGACAACAGAGUGUGGAAGAAGCAUGUUAAUGCUUAUAAGAAAAUCAAUAGACUACUCGACACAGGAAGGUACCGCAACAUAAUGGACAUGAAUGCUGGUUUAGGAGGUUUUGCUGCAGCUCUUCACUCUCCCAAAUUGUGGGUUAUGAAUGUGAUGCCUACCAUAGCUGAGAAAAAUACUCUGGGUGUCAUAUACGAGCGAGGAUUGGUUGGCAUCUACCAUGACUGGUGUGAACCUUUCUCCACAUACCCAAGGACGUACGAUCUCAUUCAUGCCAAUGGCGUUUUCAGUCUGUACAAGGACAAAUGCAAUGCGGAGGACAUUCUUCUCGAGAUGGACCGGAUCUUGCGACCGGAAGGUGCAGUAAUCUUUCGCGACGAAGUCGACACACUGGUGAAGGUGAAGAAGAUAAUUGGAGGGAUGAGGUGGGAUACCAAAAUGGUGGACCAUGAAGAUGGACCUCUUGUUCCUGAGAAGAUUUUGGUUGCUGUCAAGCAGUAUUGGGCUGCAGAUGGAAACUCCACCUCCACUCAAUGAAAUGCAGAGUGAGAACCUCCGUUGUGGUUCGGAGGUCGCAAAGUGCUCGUUAGUCCUGACACGCAUUUGAUUAUUUAAUAUUUGCCCUCAGCAAUUUUGCUUGCACCAGUAUGUUAACAAAGUGAGGAGGGCCAUGGAAUUCAUGCCAUCAUCCUUUGCCCUUGUUAGUCUAUUAAUAGACAAAGCUACAGAAUUGAUGCUUGUAAGGUCUAUGCCAUUAUAUUAAUUUUUUUCCCCUUAGUUCCUUAAA